AUGUCCAGGGUGAUAGGGACUGGCACUAUCGUGCAGACCGUUGGGAGCCCAGGUCUAGCGCUUGUGCUUUGGGUUGUUGGAUCCUUGGUCGGCUGGGCUGGACUUGUUAUUGACAUGGAGUACGGUUGUAUGUUGCCUCGCUCAGGAGGCUCGAAGGUCUAUCUUGAAUAUACUUACAGAAGGCCUCAUUUUCUUGCCUCAACUUUUGUUGCAGUACAGGCUGUUCUUCUUGGAUUUUCGGCAACCAACUGCAUUGUCUUCGCCAAAUACGCUUUGUUUGCUGCUGGCCAGCAACCUGGAGACUUGAACACUAAAGUACUGGCCCUUGGACUUCUCACUUGGAUCACAAUUGUGCAUAGCUGCUUCUAUCGCACUGGUAUUUGGAUCCAACAUAUCCUCGGCUGGCUCAAGAUUGGGCUUGUCAUCUUUAUGAUUCUGGCUGGGUUGUUUGUGGUUUUGUUCCGACCUCAUCUAUCGUCUGGCGCGUCUACAGGAACAGGUGAGGCUUCAAGAUCUCUUGUCUAUGCCUCCGACGACCUAUGGGGCGGCUCAAAUUGGGGCCUUAGCAACUUGUCUACAUCCUUUUUCAAGGUCCUGUACUCUUAUGCUGGACUCAACAAUGCCAACAGUGUUCUGAACGAGGUUAAAAAUCCUGUCAAGACCCUCAAGUUCGUGGGGCCCAUUGCUCUUGCGACCGCCAGUGUCAUGUAUCUGCUGGUCAACAUUGCAUAUCUGGCGGUAGUGCCAAUGGAGGAGAUCAAGCAAACGAGAGAACUCAUUGCUGCUUUGGUUUUCGAGAAGUUGUUUGGCCAAGGCUUUGGGGACAAAUUACUUCCCUUAACCAUCGCGCUAAAUGCAAUUGGAAACGUCAUGGUGGUAACUUUCAGUGCUUCUCGAGUAAAUCAAGAAGUCGCUCGACAAGGCUUCCUCCCCUUCUCUUCAACUUUAGCCUUUAACAAGGCCUUCGGAUCCCCCAUGGGCGGCGUCAUCGUUCACUACAUACCCUCAUUCAUAGUGAUCGCCGCACCCCCAUCGUCUACGGUCUACUCAUUCAUCGCAGAUGUUGAAGGAUAUGCUGGUCAAUUUUUUGCGAUUGCCAUCAGCCUUGGCCUCGUACUACUGCGUGUGCGGAAGCCUGACAUCUUCCGCCUAUUUCGAGCCUGGUUACCCGCAGUAUGGAUUAGAAUCGUUCUAUGUGUUGGCUUGAUCGUCGCACCAAUAAUCCCACCGAAAAAGGGUACGUCCGAUGUCAACUUUUUCUACGCCAUGUACGCCAUUCCGAGCUUUACUCAACGUGUCAGAUUGUUAUUCUCACUUUUCUACUGGUGGGUUUGGACAAAAGCCUUACCUCGCUAUAAAGGAUAUAGGCUGGAAGAAGAAGCCGUCAUCCUCGGUGAUGGGACAACAAUCACUAAACUGGGCCGCAAGGAAAUCUAA